GACUUUGAGUAAUAUGCUGAAAUUAUUCGUAGAUGCAAUCAAAUGUAUAAUCGUCAUAUUUCAAAUAAUUAUUUUUUACAAUUCUUUUGUCACCUCGGUAUCAAUUAUGCAAGAAUACCAAAUCAAAAUACCGACUUCGUCAUAUAAGAACGUUAAAGAACAAGCAACGAAUUGUAUCCAAAGUAAUAUUGAAAUUCAACUUCACAUUGGUAGCAGCUUCAGUUCAUCGGUUUAUACGUUGUCUAAGAAGAGUGGCAAUUUUUUUUUGCUAAAAUAUGGUAUUCUUGUGGAAUUAUCUGAAAAUACACUAUUUUGUUUUCCUGAAAAAGAAGAACAUGGAAUUACAAUUAUUCCACCUGAAGCUUUUCAAGCAGUAAUAUCUCAAAAUAUUGCUAAAAAACUGUAA